AUGAGAACCAGCCACCUUGUUGUUAUGGCUGCUACGGCCAUCUUUAUAGCCGCGACGACGCCCGCCAUGGCAAGCAGGGCAAGGGGUGGACGCGCACCUCCCACUCCCUCCCCCACACAGGCAGAGAUAGGACGGCUCCAAGGUGGAUUCUAUCAGCCGAUAGUGAACAUCAACGAUCCGCACGUUCAGGAGGUCGGCAGGUGGGCGGUGUCGGAGCAUGUCAAGAAGGCGAACGACGGGCUAAAAUUCAGUAGAGUGGUGAGCGGUCAAUAUCAAGUGGUCGAGGGCUUCAACUAUCGUCUCAUCAUCGAUGCAACUGAUAGCCAUGGCAAGGUUGCCAAGUAUGAGGCCGUGGUGUGGGAGAAGGAAUGGGAGAACUUUCUUCAGCUCACGUCCUUUAAACCGGCUAACUGA